UUUGAGAGAAAACUAAACUGAAUCUUAUCAGUGUUCGUGGUAAAAUGGCAGAAGCCAGCUCAGCACUGGAUCAGAACCAGUUCAGCUGUCCAAUAUGUCUGGAUCUACUGAAGGAUCCAGUGGCUAUUGCCUGUGGACACAGUUACUGUAUGAGCUGCAUUAAGAGCUGCUGGGAUCGGGAGGAUCAUGUUGGAGUUUACAGCUGCCCCCAGUGCAGACAGACCUUCACACCCAGACCUGUUCUGGGCAGAAACACCAUACUGGCUGAGGUGGUGGAGAUACUUAAGAAGACUGGACUACAAGCAGCUACUCCUGCUGCCCAUUAUGCUGGACCUGGAGAUGUGGAGUGUGACGUCUGUACUGGGAGAAAACACAAAGCUGCCAAGUCCUGCCUGGUGUGUCUGGCCUCUUACUGUGAAACUCACCUCCGGCCUCACUAUGAGUCUCCAGCUUUUAAGAAGCACAAGCUGACUGGUGCCACUGGACGUCUGCAGGACAAGGUCUGUUCCCACCAUGACAAACCGCUGGAGGUCUACUGCCGUACCGACCAGCAGUGUAUCUGUUAUCCCUGUUUGAUGGAUGAACACAGAGGCUAUGAUACAGUCUCAGCUGCUGCAAGAAGGAAGGAGAUACAGAAACAAAUGGGUGAAACUCGGAGGGAAUUUCAGCAGAGAAUUCAGAUGAGAGAGAAGGAGUUGCAGGAGCUGAGAGAGGCUGUGGGUUCAUUCACAAGCUCAGCACAGUCAGCAGUGGAGGACAGCGAGAGGAUCUUCACUGAGAUGAUCCGCUCCAUUGAGAGAAGACGCUCUGAGGUGACAAAGCUGAUCAGACAUCAGGAGAAGGCUGCAGUGAGUCAGGCUGAACGAGACAUGGAGAGACUGAAGCAGGAGAUCAAUGAACUAAAGAGGAGACACUCUGAGCUGGAGCAGCUUUCACACACAGAGGAUCACAUCCAUUUCCUCCAGAGGCACCAGGCUCUUCCUGUCACCCCUGAAGCUGGAUUUGGACCCAGAAUCUCUGUCAGUCCAAGAUCUGAUUUUGGGAAUUUGAGCAAGGCGGUUUCUGAACUGAAAGAUCAACUGGAGAAUGUUUGCAGAAUGAAAAUGGCAGAGAUCCAUCACCCAGUUACCAAAGACACUGUCGUACCGGUAUCAGUACCCAGGACCAGAGCAGAAUUCUUACAAUACUCCUGCCAGCUGACGCUGGACCCCAACACAGCAAAUAGAGACCUGUCUCUGUCAGGGGGGAACAGGAAGGCGACAUGGGGGGCAGAGCAGCCAUAUCCUCAUCAUCCAGAGAGAUUUGACUACUUGUGUAAUGUUCUGUGCAGAGAGAGUCUGACUGGUUGCUGUUACUGGGAGGCUGUUUGGAGUGGAGAUGUUGUCCGGAUAGGAGUGACUUAUAAAGGAAUCGGGAGGAAAGGAGGAAGUUAUGACUGUCUGCUUGGAGCCAAUGACAAGUCAUGGAGUUUGCGCUGUUCUCCUGACAGUUACUCUGUCCAUCACAAUAAUAAACAGACUCACAUACCCAUAGAGCGCUCAGGCUUCCGCAGAGUAGGAGUGUAUCUGGACUGGGGGGCUGGUGCUCUGUCCUUCUACAGAGUCUCCUCUGAUGGACUGACCCUCCUGUACAGAUUCACCUCCUCAUUCACUGAGCCCCUCUAUCCAGGGUUUGGGAUGGGUACAAACUCCUCCAUGUACUUGUGCAUGCUGGGAUAGCUCACCGUGUGCUGGAGGAAUCAUUUUUACCUUAUCAGAUCAGUGUCACAUGUUGCUGCUUCUCCAUGGCAAAAAGGUAAAAUCUCUGCUUUUUAAUCAGUAUAACCCUUUUUACUCUGUCUGAAGUGUGACGUAUGUCAGACAAAAAUAAAUGAAUGUUUGUUCACAUUGCCAAACCCAUGCAAAAUGACUGUUUUUCUCUGACUUAUGUUCUAUGUUGUCUCUGAAUGCACCAAAACUGCCAAAACAAAAUCAUAGUACAUGCAACUGUACCAAUAGAGUGAAUUUUGAUUCUGAAUAAAAUAAAAUGUAAUGAAAUGUAAGCCUGAUGAGUAGGGGGAGCUUUUCCCCUCCCCUCUAUGUGUAUAUUUUAUAUAUUUCUGUCUAUAUAUUGUAUUUCCUACCUGUACACUGACAAUAAAGGCUUCCUAUUCUAUCCUA